CGCACCCUUCGCUGCCAUUCGCCCCGAGCUUUUCGCCGAUAGAGAAACUCGAACCAAACCGACUUCCGCUCAACCUGGAGCCGCAAAGCCUGCCUCCAAACCUGCUCAACCCGCCGCCGCUGCUCAACCUGCCGUCGCGGCUAUUAAACCACAGGCAGCUGUCCCUCAAAAAAGCGCUCAAGCAGUAGUCGCUGCACCCGUUGCCUCCUCAUCUACUCAGCAACCCAAUCACUACCUCGAAUGGAUUGCUACCGUCACUGUUAGCGGUGACUUCAACUCCGACCCUAACGAGUGGUCCGUAGACCCGAACCUUGUUGGGAGGCACGCUGUCUUUGCCAACAACGUUGAGGAAGGCGUAGUGACAGGGACCGUCCCUCUCACGGCGGCUCUUGCACAACGCCUUGGACAAAACAAGAUCGACAAUCUUACCCCUGAAGAGGUUAACCCAUAUCUCCAAAAGGAACUUCAUUGGCGUAUUCAGCUU